CUCCCUGUGACGUCCAAGGGGGAGCUCACCAGGGGUCUCUCUCGCCCUCUGCACUCGGGCCGGGCAGCUGACUUCCACCCCUCCUGCAGGACAUGAAGGCACAGCGGGCUUCCCUCUGGUUCCUGGGCACAGUGUUCCUCCUGAGCGCAGUGCACGCCCGGGGUCUCAGGAGAUGUCUGAUUGCCAUGGACAUGCGCCACAUAGGAGAGAGCUUCCAACAAAUCAAAGGAACCAUCCAAGCUAAGGACACCUUCCCAAAUGUCACCAUCCUGUCCACAUCGGGGACCCUGCACAGCAUCAAGCCCUUAGAUGUGUGCUGUGUGACCAAGAACCUCCUGGCAUUUUACGUGGACAGGGUGUUCAAGGACCACCAGGAGCUGAGCCCCCAGAUCCUGAGAAAAAUCAGCAGCAUCGCCAACUCUUUCCUCUACAUGCAGAAGGUUCUGCAGCAAUGCCAGGAGCAGAGGCUGUGUCACUGCGGGCAGGAAGCCGCCAAUGCAACCAGAAUCAUCCAUGACAACUACAAUCAGCUGGAGGUCAGGUCUGCUGCCCUCAAGUCUCUGGGAGAGCUGGACGUCUUCCUGGCCUGGAUCGACAAGAAUCAUCAAGGAACUCCUGCCGCCUGACACAGAGAAUCUGGUUGCCCAGGUGAACAGCUUGGGAGGUUUCCAGGAGACAGCCUCAAGCAUGUCAAACUUGUGGCCCGGGGGCCUCAUGCCUCGUCUAUUUGGCCCGUGGUAACCUUUGAGUUUGACAUGCUUGGCCUACAUUGAAGGGCAGAGAGAUGGGGAUGACCCCAUUUUAAUGCAAAUGAGCAUGAUUUUGAAGCAACUUCUCUGCAGAUUUGGAAUUCUCUCCUCUGGGGCUGAGGGAUUGUAGGGCAAAAUCUAGGUUUGGACAGAUCUCACCCUGUAGCCGGGAGUCCCAGGCUGUCUGGCCCCACCUGAAAUAACCUACUAGUCUACUGUCAUAUUUAUAAUGAAAUAUGUUCCUUUGAAAGGUCUCAUGGGCCAUCCUGGAGGAAAAGGGCUGGCUUCCCCCUAAUUUAUUGUGAGCUUGUUUAUCCCAUGUCUGUGAUGU